CGCGGGGAAGAUGCAGCUGUCAGUCCGCUCGGCUCCUCAUCCCGGCUCGCUCCCGGACUAGCAAUGGGCAGGAGGAGCUUGCCCCUUGCCCUCCUGCUGGCCCUGUGGCUCGGCCAGCUGGGUGCAUGGGCAGAGAGGCGCCCCAAGGUGAACCCCAGGAUCAUCGCGGCUCCCCAAGGUGCCAAGGAAUUUGUGUUCCCGCGCUGGGAGAGAUUCCCGGUGUUCUUCCACCAGGAAAACACCUCCUCCAUCUACGUCGGGGGCGAGGGGAGGCUCUACUACUACGACUUUACAACCCGCGAGUACUACACGGAAGAAUUCCCGGUGAAAAAUGAAGGGCAGUGCGUGGCAUCUGGGAAUUUGGAGGAGAGCAGGAAUUUCCUGACGCUGGUGGAGCAGUACUGGGACGGGCUCCUGGUGUGCGGGACCGGCGGCUGCUCCCCCACCUGCUGGAAUGUGACGCAGAGGAAGGAGAGCCCGCCCUGGGAUGGCAGAGGGAUCGCUCCCUUCACCCCCGACUCCAACACCCUCGUGGUUGUGGAUGGCCAGGACAUUUACUCCACCAUCAAGAAGAGCCAGCAGAACGGGAAGAUCCCUCGAUUCCGCCGCGUGAGGGGCGGGGGAGAGCUCUACACCAGCGACACGGUGAUGCAGAACCCUCAGUUUGUCAAGGCCACCACGCUGAGGCACGAGGAGCCUCACGAGGACAAGAUUUAUUAUUUUUUCCGCGAGGACAACCCCGACAAGAGCCCCGAGGCUCCCCGAAACAUCUCCAGGGUGGCUCAGCUGUGUAAGGAGGACAAGGGUGGCACCAGCUCCCUCUCGGCCUCCAAGUGGACCACGUUCCUCAAGGCCACGCUGAUCUGCGUGGAUCCCAUCACCAAGGGCAACUUCAACUGGCUCCAGGAUGUCUUCAUCGUCCCCGCGGGCGACUGGCGCCACUCCAAGGUCUACGGGCUCUUCACCAACACCUGGGGGAGCUCCGCCGUUUGUGUUUAUUCCUUCGGGGACAUCGACAGCGUGUUCCGCACAUCGCGCCUCAAAGGCUACAACGGCCCCGCCCCGGAGGUCAAACCUGGCCAGUGUGUCCCCUCCGGGCAGCACACGCCCAGCGAGACGUUCAAGAUCGCCGACAGCCACCCCGAGGUGGAGGAGCGGGUGGAGCCGCUGUGGCCUUCCCGGAGCCCCCUGUUCCACAACAAGCAUCGCUACCAAAAAAUCGGGGUACACGAGGUGGCCGCGGCUGACGGGCAGCGCUACAACGUGCUCUACCUGGCCACAGACAAGGGCUCCAUCCACAAGGUGGUGGAGCUGCCAGAUGGGGUGCAGAACAUCAUGGAGAUCCAGGUGUUCCCCAACAAGGAUCCCAUCCAGUCCAUGAUCCUGGACCAUGCCAGGGCCGUGCUCUACGUGGGCUCCAACAGCCGCGUCCUGGAGCUGCCCAUGGACAUGUGCGGGCUGUACCGCAACAACUGCCACAGCUGUGUGCUGGCCAGGGACCCCUACUGCGGCUGGGCCAAUGGCUCCUGCCUCUCGGUGGCCCUCAGCCGGGAGGUGCUCCAGAACCUGAACUUGGGCUCGUGGCAAGAAAGCUGCCAGAGGGGCGACGUCAAGGAAGGCGAUUUCCGCAACAUCUCGGUGAUGCCGUUCUCCCGCUAUUACCUCAACUGCUCCAUCGAGUCCCACUACGCCACCUACAACUGGUACCACGAGGACGUGCUCAUCAAGAGCUGCAACACGUCCCGCCCUCAGCACGACUGCUUCCAUUUCAUCCCCAGCGUGCGGAGCGAGCACUACGGCCACUACGUGUGCGUGUCCGAGGAGGACGGGUUCCGCCAGGCGCUGGUCAAGGAGCGCCUGCUCGACCGCCUGCGCUUCCAGUGGCAGUUCUCCCGUGGCCCGGCCACGCUGCCCUCGGGGCUCCAGCUGCUUCUGCUGCUGCUGCUGCCUCUGGUUGAGCUCUUCCAUUGAUGCCAACCCCGCUCGUCCUUGCCCGCUGCUGUGAUUUCUCCUCGGGAGGAGAAAGGUGACACGUGGUGGCCGCCGUGUGGUUCACGCCGCCGUGCAUGCACUGAUCCUCAGGGCGCGGCCGCUCCUUGCAUGUGAUGAAGAUGAGGAGGAGGAGG